CAGCGCGAGAUAAUAAUUGGAAAAAUAGUGUAAAUUACUACGCCGAAUUAAACGACGAUACGUUCAAACGGUUCAUUGUGUUGUGAUUCUUUGUGAUUGUGAUGAUAAAGUUGUCAUGAUAAGGUCCGAUAGGAAUUCGUAACUUCAUUUACUCGCCGUAGCACCUCGCAACCUUGUGCAAUUAAGCUCUGAUUAUCAAUGGUGUCAAACUGUGUAUUUGUGUCACUAUUGUCUGGCGAUGGCUACAAACAGGACCGGUUCGCAGCGGGCGAACGGCGCACCACAGACCAAAGUGUGUCAGUUCAAACUGGUGCUACUGGGCGAGUCAGCGGUGGGCAAGUCGUCAUUGGUGCUGCGCUUCGUGAAGGGCCAAUUCCACGAGUACCAGGAGAGCACGAUCGGCGCCGCCUUCCUCACGCAGACGCUGUGCCUCGAUGACACUACCGUCAAGUUCGAGAUAUGGGACACCGCGGGCCAGGAGAGGUAUCAUAGUUUGGCGCCCAUGUACUACCGGGGGGCCCAAGCCGCAAUAGUUGUAUACGACAUCACUAAUCAGGACACAUUCGGGCGCGCCAAGAACUGGGUAAAAGAGCUACAACGGCAGGCGUCGCCGUCGAUUGUGAUAGCGCUCGCCGGCAAUAAGAGUGACCUCGCCGCCAAGCGCAUGGUGGAGUUCGAUGAGGCGCAGGCCUACGCCGACGAGAACGGCCUGCUGUUCAUGGAGACCAGUGCCAAGACCGCCAUGAAUGUUAACGACAUUUUCCUAGCCAUUGCAAACAAGUUACCAAGAAACGAAACAGGUGGCGCAGCGGGCGCUCCUCCGCGUGCUGCAAGUGAUACGCGAAGUGGAGCGGGGGACGCGAGCGGGCGCGGCGUGCGCGGGUUGAGGUCAUCGCUUCGUAAAGCUGGGUUCACGCGAGCAUUAGUUGUAUCACAAGCUGUCUGACUGUGCCCUCUCCUAUACUAUGUUAAGUGGCGGUCUUCCUGUAUAUAUCGGGGCUGAACCGAUCAACUAUAACUUAUAAACGACCAUACAUCGCAAAGCACUUAUCGUUUAUAUGCGUUUGCGUAUCAAAAGGACAUUGCUAUGGCAAUAUGACGUCACAUCCUGUUCUUAGCUUUUGUCAUUCUAAUAGUUGUAAUAUAUUCAGUAAGCUCCGUAUUCGUAUGAAGUGUAUUGUUGUCUCCAAACACAUCGAGUGUUCUGUCUGUUCAGUGUCAGUUCGAGUGUUGAGCACGAUCCAAACAUAACGGGCCAUCAUACUUUUCACAAACAGUACAGUGAAAAGUAUGAUACAACUCGCUACUUGACAUAGUAUAUGCCGUAAUAUUUGAAGUGUAAAAUAGCGUAGACAUAUACGUAUUCAAACAUCCAAAUGUCCACAUUGUAUUUUGUUUUAUUAUUAAUAAACAAAAAUGUUAAUAAGUUCGAUGCGAUAAUUCACUAACAAUAGAACCUACGCCAUUUUUCGCUUCGAUUGUACCCACGAAAACCAUCAUGUUCCACGUAUUUGAUUAACGAAUUGGUAGGAUAACUUGUAUAUUAACACGUUUCUAAUAUAUUAUACGUUAUGGUUAUUUUAUAAAUAUAUUUUUGAUUUAUUUGCCGUCCGCGGUACGGUAUAGAUUGCGACGCUACGGUAGUGCCCUAACGUUCUGUGUCUAGGCAAAGUGUUUCGCUGUGCGACGCAAUAGAGUUGUAAACAUCGACCCGAUAUCGCACUUCGACUGAGUCACUAUUAAAAAUUGUGUGAUUUGAUUUAUUACAUUGCAUUACAUGCCAUAUUGUUAGGUGAACCAUAAUUUAGAGCGGCGGGCGAGUUACGUAUUGGUUAUUUAUGCAACUGUUGUGUAAUAAGGGGUAUUGAAACACGAAUGUGUUUCGGGAACUCGGCUUCGCCUCGUGUGAUGGCAUAUAGUAUAUAUAAUGUUUAAAUACCUAAUUAUCAACAGUUCCAUACAAGACUUUAUCUACACCCAUAAUAUGUAUCCUCUACCAAAGAUUCUGAAACAGUUAGCAUACUGCUAACAUUAAAACAGCCAGUCCUAGUAAUCAUAAUAUCAUCCAAAAGAGUGUUAUUAUGGAAACGGAUGAUAUAACUAAUUUUAUUACAACACUCGUUUGGAUGAUGUAAUGGUUAGGACAUUGGGUGUUUUAAUGUUGGCAAUAAGCUAACUGUUUUAGAAUCUUUAAUAUAAGGUAUAAAGCAUGGGUGUAGAUAAAGCUACCGCCAGGGUAUCGCCCAAUUCAAUCGCAGGGUUCACUUCCGCAUGAAAAUCAACGAAUCAAAUCACGGUUUAUAUUAUGGAUCUGGUGGUUUUGCUUAGUUUUUAUGAAUGUCAAAUGCAGUUUGCGUUACAUUUACUGAUACAUGUAUUUGACCGUGGACGCCAAUAGAAGGCAGCCAACCCAACUCGCACAGCGCAGCACCGCGCCCAGACAUGUACA